AUGAAUCUAUCUAUCUAUCUAUCUAUCUAUCUAUCUAUCUAUCUAUCUCAUUCUUACAUCUAUCUAUCUCAUUCUGUUUAUCUCUCUCUCUCUCUCUAUCUAUCUAUCUUUAUCACAACUUGCCUUUAUCGACCUCUCUCUCUCUCUCUCUCUGUCUGUCUCUGUCUCUCUCUCUCUGUCCCUCUUUCUGUCUCUCUCUGUCUGUCUCUCUCUGUCCCUCUUUCUGAUUCUCUCUCUCUCUCUCUCUCUAUGUCCCUCUUUCCGUCUCUGUCUGUCUGUCUGUCUCUUUCUGUCUCUCUCUGUCCCUCUUUCUGUCUCUCUCUCUCUGUGUCCCUCUUUCUGUCUCUCUCUCUGUCCCUCUUUCUUCUGUUAAAGUCUAUUCAUAUCUAUCUAUCUAUCUAUCUAUCUAUCUAUCUAUCUAUCUUGCAUGCUCUCUAUUUUGUCUGUACUUUAUCUAUCACUGACAGGAACUCCCUAAGAAUGCAGCCUCCCUGCGUCGGGGAUUCAUUUUGUGCUUCAAAGUCAGCUAUUAACCAUCACCCACCACACACAUACACACCGAAUGAGAGCUACUUCCUAAGAAGGAAGCCUCCCUGUGUCUAUUUUUUAUUUUGUCCUUCAAACGCAGGUAUUAACCUUCGCUCUCUCUCUCUCUCUCUCUCUCUCGAAGAGCUAUUUUCUAAGAAGUUAGCCUCCAUGUGUUGA